CAUAUUGGAUGGCCUCAUUUUGAAGAUCUUUCUUCACAGCCCACCACACUAAUAUAUACCUUCCAAGAACAAUCUCUCACACACACGCUGAGUAGAAUGAAAUCCAUAGAGCUAUUCUGUGCCUCUCCAGCCUCCACAGCCAUAUGUUCAAGCAUGGACCAGAGGGCCAUAAUCAGGCCCGGCAUCAGGCCGAUUGAUCGGCAGAUUCACCGGUUGGGCGACACUCCGAGAAGCAGAACAAAUGCAGCUCCAUGCUCAUCCCAGCUCCCCUUUGACCCUUCCAGGCCUUUCUACCACAAGAGCAGAAAGAACACGGCUUCUGCUAAGGAAACUGAAAUUUUACGCAGGAAAAGCUCGGCCGACGUCCAUGAUCUUGCCAGCCCGCCAAGCUCUUCUAGAUACUUAUUGAGAGACAGGCCUUUCUUGGACCCCGUAUCAGAUUCCGAACGCGCCCUGGUUUCCAGCCACCCCCUUCUCAGGGAUAACAAUUAUAACUACAAGCGCUUGAAUCUAGACGAUUUCCGGGCUUUCAGGUCCCUGUCCAGUCGCGCGGCCUAUGAGACUCCUGUCUAUAAUCCAGGCCCGGAUAACCCUCAUCAGGCCCGGAAAACUUCACCUCAGAGACUCAGCGAUCAUUUGAAUGCUCAUAAAUCUUCAUCGAAUCACCGGACUGUCGAGUUGAGGGUUUCAAUUCAUUGCAAGGGUUGUGAAGGGAAACUAAGGAAACAUAUAUCCAGAAUGGAAGGGGUGACGUCAUUCAGUAUAGAUUUAGCAACAAAAAAGGUGACAGUAAUAGGGGACGUGACCCCUCUAGGGGUGCUUGCGAGCAUUUCCAAGGUGAAGAACGCCCAAUUUUGGCCAUCUCCGACUUCGUCUUCGUCCUCCUCAUCAUCUCCCAGGCUCAGUCUCACAAAGAUAAAUUAAUUAAAUUUGUAUUGGAAAUACUUAUGUAUUUUGAUGAUAAUAUAAUAUCAUAUUUUAUAGCUACAAUAAAUGGAUGUGUA